AUGGCCCAACCAACGAAUGCCAAUGGUGGCAAUCAAGAAGCGCCAAUCUUACCUCCAGGAUCAUCAUCACCUUCUAUGCCUGGAUUGCAUUUCUCUGUUCAUCAAGUUGCUAGCGUUUGUGAAGCAUUAGAAAGUAGCGGCGAUAUCGAACGAUUAAGCCGUUUCUUAUGGUCUUUGCCAUCAACAUUAGAUGGCUAUACCAAUUUAUUAAAUCACGACGCAAUUCUACGAGCUCGUGCUGUUGUUGCCUAUCAUCAAGGCCAUUAUCGUGAAUUAUAUGGUAUUAUUGAAAAUCAUCGUUUUCCCAAGGAUUUUCACGGCAAAUUGCAACAUAUGUGGUUAGAAGCUCAUUACCGUGAAGCUGAGAAAUUGCGUGGUCGAUCACUUGGCCCUGUCGACAAAUAUCGUAUUCGUAAAAAGUAUCCUUUGCCGGUAACCAUUUGGGAUGGCGAACAAAAAACUCACUGUUUUAAAGAAAAAACCCGCAAUUUACUUCGUGAAUGGUAUCUACGUGAUCCUUAUCCUAAUCCAGGUAAAAAACGGGAGUUAGCAAAUGCUACAGGUUUAACACCGACUCAAGUGGGCAAUUGGUUUAAAAAUCGUCGCCAACGAGAUCGAGCAGCUGCUGCUAAACACAAGUAA